AUGCCGACGAAGAGAGGUUAUACAAGACGGAAUAGCAAACGUGCAUUGGCAAGAUAUGCUCGUCAAAAUGUACCGCCACCACCUGCAUCAUCAUUAAAAUCGAAUACAACAUCAACAUUACGAACAACAACGUCAAAUCUAUCAACAUCUUCAAAACAUUCAUCUUUCCCAUCACGACAGAAGAUUACGAAAAGAAUAAAAUUGGAUAUAACAUCAACAUCAGAAAAUUCAAAUUCAAAUGUACCUAUGAAUGGAUACACAAUCUUGCAAAAUCAAAUGUUAUUUUCUCUUAUGUGCAAAACGAAUUGUCAAAGUUGCAAAAAUCGUUGGAAUGGAGAAAUGAACAUCAACAAACGUGAAGGUUUAUUUGUGAUUUUAUCUUUUCAAUGUUUAUCAUGUAACAAUACCAUCACUAUUGAAACAAGUCCGAAGGUUGUUGCAUCAGAUCGUCGAGAUAUUAAUAUUCGAUCACAAAUUGGUGGCCAUUUGUAUGGUAUUAGAUAUGCUGGAUUAGCAAAAUUAAUGGGUGCUAUGAAUUUGCCAAGUCCAAUUCAAGAUCAAAUCCAUUCCAAAUGGGAUAAAAAUUUAUUACUUUCAAUAAAAUCAUUUUCAAACCGAUCUAUGACAAGAGCUGUUAAUGAAGCUGUGACUGCUGCAAAUGGUCGAGAAUUAAUGGUUAGUGGAGAUGGAUUUUGGCAGACCCGAGAUUUUCAAAGUAGACAUGGUGCAGCAGCUCUUCUUUCUUGUAACACAACACCAAAAGUACUUGAUAUUGAAACAUGUAGUAAAACAUGUAAUGUUUGUAUGGGUGCACUUGCUAUUAAGAAAUCUAAUCCAGUUAAAUAUAAUGAUGUUAUUAGAUCACAUAAAUGUGAAAAAAACUACAACAAAAGUUCGGGUACAAUAGAAGCUGAUGCUGUUCUUAACAUGUUCAAGCGAUCAGUUUCUAAAUAUGGAAUUUACUACACAAGUUACGUUGGUGAUGGUGAUUCAAAAACAUUUGCUAGCCUUUCAAAUGCAAAACCAUAUCCAGCUGUUCGUAAUGGAACACCAUAUGAUCAUACACCACAUGCUUUACCUCAUCCUGUCCUUGAUGCGAUCAAGCCUGUUUUUGAAAACCUCUGUUUUCGGGAAAGUCUUGCGCGUGUAGUUGAUGCAUCAAGUCAGAAUCAAAACGAAGGUUUUCAUUCGCUUGUCUGGCUUAUGUCACCAAAACACAAAACAACAUCUGGAACAACAUUUGAAACUGCAUUCCAUCUUGUAAUAAUACUAUUUAAUGAUGGAUAUUUUACAUUAGGAGAUCUAUUCAACAACAUCUGUGGUUAUCGUGGUCAUUAUACCAAUCAAGCAAUGAUUCAUUUUGACAACAGUCGUCUCCACUCCGAAUCAAAAACAAAUAACAGAAAAACAAGAAAAGAAGCUGAUCGUGGUGUACAGAAAAAUGUUGAUAAUGAUCAAACAAAUAAUAAUAAUGCACCCGGUGAUGAUAAUGAUAAAACAAUCAAUAGUGAUAAACAAACGGAUGAUGAUUAUAAUGAAACAAACUCUGAUAAUCAACCAACAUCUGAAGAUAAUGAUACAACAACUGAUAGUGAUGAAUGUAUCACAGAUGAUCGUGAUUCGACAUCCAGUAGUGAUGAUUCAUCAACGGAUAGUGAUGAUAAAACAAUUCUUAGUCUUGAUACGAAAACAAAUGAAGAUAUUGAAAGAAAUGAUGGAACUAGUGAUAACGAAUAUGGUUAUUAUAAUCCAAAAGACAGAAGAAGAUGGAAAGAAGAAGAAUAA